AACCACAUCAUGGAGGAGGGCAAGGCCGUGGAGCUCAAAAACCGGCAGCGGAAGCUUUACAUGAACAAUUCCGGCAAGGACUGGUGGCAGAGGAGUAACUGGAGGCAUGUCCCUUUGGAGCAUCCUUCGAGUUUCCAAACUCUGGCCAUGGAUCCCAAGAAGAAACAGGAGAUUUUGAAUGAUUUGGUGAAGUUUAAGAAGGGGAAGGAGUAUUACGAGAGAGUGGGGAAGGCAUGGAAACGUGGGUAUCUUCUGUAUGGGCCGCCGGGGACUGGGAAGUCCACCAUGAUCGCCGCCAUGGCCAAUUUCAUGGAGUACGAUGUUUAUGAUCUGGAGCUGACCUCUGUUAAGGACAACACCGAGUUGAAGAAACUGCUGAUUGAGAUCUCGAGUAAGGCGAUUAUUGUGAUCGAGGAUAUUGAUUGCUCUCUGGAUUUGACAGGACAGAGGAAGAAGAAGAAAACAGGGGAAGGGGAGGAGGAGGAGAAGGAGAAGAAGAUUUUUAAAGGGGGAGAGGAAGAGAAGAAGGAGAGCAAGGUGACGCUGUCGGGAUUGUUGAAUUUCAUCGACGGGAUUUGGUCGGCGUGCGGCGGCGAGAGGCUGAUUAUUUUCACGACCAACCAUGUGGAGAAGCUUGAUCCGGCGCUGGUGAGGAGAGGGAGGAUGGACAAGCAUAUUGAGAUGUCUUAUUGUGGGUUCGAGGCUUUUAAGGUUCUUGCCAUGAAUUAUUUGGAUGUGGAGUGGCAUGAGUCGUAUGGGGAGAUCCGGCGGUUGUUGGAGGAGACGGAGAUGACUCCGGCCGACGUCGCGGAGAAUUUGAUGCCCAAGUCGGAGGAGGAAGUGGCGGAGGAUUGCUUCAAGAGAUUGGUGGAAGCUCUUGAGAGCGCAAAAGAAGAGGCGAAGAAGAAGAAGGCUGAGGAAGAGGCUGAAGCUGCAAAAAUGGCAGAGAAGGAGAAUGAGGAGGAGGAGAAGGAGAAGGAGAAGGAGAAGAAGGAUGGUGAAAAGAAAGAAGAGAACAAAAGUAAUGAAGUUAGAUGCAAUGGUUGCAAUGGAGUAGUGGCAAUUAGAUGCAAUGGUUGCAAGGAAGUAGUGGGAAUUAGAUGCAAUGGUUGCAAUGGAGUUGUGGCAACUAAAGAAGUGAAGGAGAAUGGUCAUGUAGAGAAAGAUCAAAAGAAAUGAAAAUAUGUUGGGAUUUAGGAUUAAUGGUUGGAAACUUGUGUACGAAUUUGUGUGUAUUUUAAUUUAUUAUGUCAAAAUAAAAGCUUUGUGUUACUAGUCUACAUAUGAUUCAUUGUUGUGUACUAAUUGAUGCCACAUUCUGAGCAGAGAGAAAAGUGUUCUACAUGCACUUCAAGCAAGUGUACUUAGAAUGUUCGUUGGAAAGAAAAAGAAAAUAACAGUUGACUGAUUUAGACUUU